AUGUUGUUCAAUCUUUACUGCUACGUUAAUGUAGCAGUGAAAUAUAUUCUGCGCUUUCAAACUGAUCGAAGCUCAUCUUGUGAAGAAUAUAUGGUUUUCGAUACAUUGGAGAACACUGGACUCGUGAGCUUCAUAAAUGCAUGCAGAGAAAAUCAAACAGAGAGUUCGCAAUUCAACGAAGCACAAAUGCUUGCAACAGAGAGAGACUCGGAGAGCAUAAUGGAUCAGAACCAACCGCCAUUUACACGUCAAACGACGUACUAUGUCAACAAGAUUUUCGGUACAAGAAAGAUAAGAUGUAAAUCAUUCACCAGUAUCGCUCAAGAUGACGGGAAGGUGAUAUAUGAAACCAUAAAUAUUCCAAUCUCAAAACAACUAUUCCUAAAGAUCAUGUGUCUGUCCAAAGAUCAUAUACCUAUAUUGACGAUUGAUGAUAUGUAUAUGAUUUUCAAGCAUAUGUUUCCGUUCAAAGAUAAAGUUGGAUUGUUAACAUAUGCGAUAUGUACACAUCUCCAGGAGCAUUGGCAUUUGAUUGGCCAAUUCAAACAUUUGCUUGAAAAUCCAUGUAAGGACGAUCAUAAUGAACUGGAAAGACAUAUGGCACUAGCUAUAUUGGACAAGAGUGGAGAUUCGCAUAGCUUUAGAGAAGUUGUCAAUUCAUACAUUAUGUUUAAGGUAACCGAUGCAGACAGAGCAUGCGCUACAACAUCAGAAAAUGAGGAAAUUUUUGAUAAUAUUUAUUAUGAAAUCGAUAUUAAUGGUUUAAUGCUGGGUUUUCUUUUCAAAUACAUAUCCAUGGACUAUACGUAUCUCGAGAACAACAAGGACACGUUGGGAUUGAUUUUUGACGACGGUAUGGAUGGUUUUCUGUUAGAUGUACGAAUAUAUAACAUCGAUUUGACAGCAAAAUCAACUGUGUAUCCCGCAAAUGAAGUUUUCAAGAACAAGCUUCUUCUCAUUACUGGAUGCGCAUUUCUAUCUUCUGCAAGAAUCAAUAGAGUUAUAUUAGAGUUUAAGAACAUCAAGAUGUUAUUGGAUUUGGCACUUUUAAAAAACAUAAGAGCUUCGAUCACGGCACAAUUCUAUUCCUGUUCGGUGCCAUUUAUCAAUUCAGUUCCGAAAAACAUUCAAAACAUAAAAGCCACCUUCAUAAAUAAGUGUGAUGAUGUUUUGAACUAUGUUUCUGACAAAAACGUGGAAGCAUUGUACCAACGAUUUGUUUUCAGCGAAAAUAUAAGUUUUCUAGGCCAUGUAAAAAAUAUCGAAAUUCUAAACUCAAAAAUCGAAGAAAAUGUGAUUUUUUCAUUUGAUAAGGAGUGCGAAUAUAUUUUAAUAAAUAAAACAGAGGGAAAAAUUGAUUGUUCGGGUGUUGCUGGGUUUGGUAUAAUGGCAUUAUUAAGUGGAUCAGGUUUCAAAUACCGCAAACAGAGUGCAACAAAACAAAGAACGCUAUCGAUCGAUAACGCUGAAAUAUUCGGAGUAAUAUACGUUGAUGCAAAUGUUAACAAUCUGUCUAUCUAUAACGCUAAACUAUCACCCGACUCAAAAAUUAUAUUUUGCAACGCCAAUACGUGUUUGGACAUUUCAAAAUCAGAAGGUUUAAUUGAUUUGACGCCAUAUAUAAAUGCGGAAAUAUACUUUCAGGAACAGACGUGGGUAAGGACUGCAAUGCUUCAGGAUGUGGCUUCGAGCUAUAUUUUCCUGCAUAACAUUCGUUUGCACAAAUCUAUAGAACUGUCAAACAAUUAUAAUUUUGUUGACUUGCACGGAAUAACCAUGGAAAAACAUUCAUACAUAACCAUAAAUGAGAUGUGCACCGUACUAUCGAUUCAUGAGACCAACGGCACAAUUGAUCUGACAAAAAUUGAACAUCUUCACAAAAUGAAAAUAAAAAAUUCUGCCGGUGAAGUUUUUGGAACAACAUUUAUAGGGACAAUUAAUGUGGACAUUUUAGAGUUUCAAGGCGCUCACAACAAUAUAGAUAUAGCAGCAUUACUGUCGCGUAACUUCAACGAAAUCGUAAAUUUGCAAUUUAAAAAUGAAUAUAACAGAAUGUUUCAUGGCACUGCUGAAAAUAUAUCGCUAAAUCCGCCACCAGAUUAUCUGCUUACAGGCCAUUUUAGAGGUUUUUUACGUACUAUGGGAAAAUGCGUUCCAAAAAAAAGGUACAAUCCAAAUUCUAGCUAUAAUGCUAUCGUGAAUGUCAACAUGAACAUAAUUUUUAACGAAAACAUUACGAAAAAAAUGUCUGUUGGACUCAAAGGUUUGAAAUUUAUGGCUACUACCAUCACGAACGAUGAUAUUCAAUGUCUGGUUAAGAUGAAAAACUUGGAAAUUCUUAAAAUAUGUAUAGGAACUUUGACAAGUGAGUUUUUUGCGCACUUGCCCCGAAGUCUUAGGCUGCUCGAUAUUUCUGAGCCAUUUGCUUACCAUGACGCUGGGAACUUUUAUAACAGAAUAAGAUUUCAGCCAAAUACGCUACCAUUCAACAAUCUAACCGUUUUGAUGAUUCAGUCUAACUUUCUUCCAUACUUACGUGUAGCAAGUGCUCUAAUGCCAUCGCUCAAAAUACUUAGUGUACAUUUUGAUUCUGAUUUUUUAAUUGAUUCUCUAGCGUGCAGUGACAAACUGCAGCUGCAUGAAUUGUUUAUUGAAGUUAAGAAUCCUGUAAUUGAUUUUAACCACAAAUCUGCUGAGGAGUCAAAAAUUGAUUGCUUUAUUAGGUUGUUGUCAGGAUACAUUAAUUUAAAAGCUCUUAAAUACCUUGCUUUUGUUUCAAAUGAUAAGUUAGUAGAAAUUGAUCCUUUAACCAAUGCUAUCGUAGAUAGAAAAUUGUACAAGGGUGUUGAUUGCGAUUGGGGAGAAAAAUAUGCAGAUUGUGAGCGUUAUUAUGAAAUAGAAUAA